AUGGAAUAUUUUUGGGAUGAAGACUGCAAGGUGUAUUAUUUCCGUGUUAAGAAGAAUGGUAAGAAAAUUUAUAACUUUAAUGACCUUGAUGAGUUUAUUGAUUCUACAGCUAAAACACAUGUGGUUGACGAUCAACCUAUUGGUGCUCCUCAAGUUGAUGCGGUAAUACAUGAUGUUUUUCAUGGAGAUGGUCAAGGAAGUGGGAUUGGUGUUGAAUAUGGAAAUGAGUCUCCCAUUAUCACCAUGCUUCAUAACACGUGGACUAAGAAAGAUGAGCGCUACGAGGAUGAUUGUCGUAGGAGAGUUGCUUUUGAGGCAGCUCAAGAGGAACGAUUUAGUCUCAUCCAAGAGCACAUGACAACACAAGAUAGCAACUAUGAAGAUUUUGCCUCUUAUGUAACUGAAUAG